AUGUGUGUGAUAAAUGAUCUACAAUUUAAUUGUUUUUCUGUUUACAAGCAGCUGAUUAAAUCCACAAAUGGAACAACAGAUCAACAGAUGACUCAAGGAGGAUCAAAAAAUUAUUGUUUAUCGAAUCAGGAAACUUUAAGCUUCAGUAAAGCGAGGCUGUGGUUAAAUUCAUUUGAGAUACAAAAUGCACAAGAAACUUUCAUAAUAAAGUUAUCAAUUUAUGAUAGCUUCAACAUCCUCACGGAAUCUAAACUAUUUCCUUUACUUUUGUCUGAGCUUAACACAUGUGGCUUCAAACUUACUCAGACGUAG